UCCCUGCCAACGGCUACCUAUCUUCUUGCCUAAAGGAGCUUCAUUUCAAAGUGGACUGAGAAGUGCUUUCGCGGGAAUUCUGAACCAAACAGCCAAUGCUCCCGUUAACGUUCCUCUCACUGAACUCGACUUUCUUCCAACUACACGCUUCUCUGUUCGCCAUUCAACCGCCACAAUUUCCAAAACUUAAAAGCACCCCCAGAGCAUGGUACUGCAACUUCAGAAACCCCGAGAAUUUUCAAUGCUUUUCUUACAAAAACCCAUCUUCUGCAUCCCAUUUUCACGGUUCAAUUACUACUCCAAGUUCUAAUGAAGACCAUGUUGCCGAUUUGCCAGAUACCUCAUCAGUGAGUCAGUGCCCUGUCUAUGGCGUCCUUGCGCGGUGGAUUCGAUCGUCUCGUAAAGUGGAAGACCUCAAAACAAUACACGCAAGGGCUUUCAAGUGUUUAAGAUACCACAUGGUGUACGUAGAUAAUAAUUUGAUCAGUAAGUAUAUAAGAUUUGGGAAGUUGGCAGAUGCGCGAAAGGUGUUUGACAAAAUGUCGAAGCCAAAUAUUGUUAGUUGGACCGCAAUUAUUAAUGGGUAUUUGAGUUUGGGGUCUGACGAUGAAGCUUUUUGGUUGUUUAAUGCUUUUUUGAUGAGUGGAGUACGUGCCAACGGCAGGAUGUAUGUCUGUUUAUUGAAUAUGUGUGGAAAGAGAGUGGAUUAUGAGUUAGGGAAACAAAUUCAUGCAUGUGCUAUAAAGGGUGAUUGGAGGAACUUGAUUGUAGAUAGUGCUGUUGUUUGCUUCUAUGUGCAGUGUGGAAAGCUGACUAAUGCAUUUUGUGCGUUUGAUCAAAUGACAGAAAGAGAUGUGGUGUGUUGGACGGCUAUUAUCACUGCUUGUUCUCAGCAAGGGCAAGGGGAAAAGGCUUUUGCGAUGUUUUCACAAAUGAUAAGCGAUGGUUUUUCUCCUAAUGAGUUUACAGCAUGUAGUGUUCUGAAGGCUUGUGGAGAGGAGAAGUCAUUGAGAUUCGGGAGACAGUUACAUGGUGCAAUCAUGAAGAAUGUAUACAAAAAUGAUGUUUUUAUUGGAACUUCCCUUGUUGAUAUGUAUGCGAAGUGUGGAGAGAUAUCGGACUCAAGGAAAGUGUUUGACAGAAUGCUGAGUAAAAAUAUGGUCACAUGGACUUCAAUUAUAGGAGGGUAUGCCCGUGAGGGUCUUGGUGAGGAAGCGAUUAGUCUCUUUCAAGUGAUGAAGAGACGGAGGCUUGUUGCUAACAACUUGACCGUAGUAAGCAUUCUUAGGGCCUGUGGCUCAAUUGGGGCCUUACAAACAGGGAGAGAAGUUCAUGCACAAAUAGUCAAGAAUUCAUUACAAUCCAAUGUAUAUUUGGGAAGUACUCUUGUGUGGUUCUACUGUAAAUGUGGUGAGUCGCUUGUUGCCUCGAAGGUCCUCCAUCAAAUCCCUAGUAGAGAUGUUAUCUCAUGGACUGCCAUAAUUUCUGGUCAUACAGGUUUUGGGCAUGAACCUGAGGCUCUUGAGUUCUUGAAAGAGAUGAUGGAGGAAGGCGUAGAGCCAAACUCAUUUACUUAUUCAUCAGCUUUGAAAGCAUGCGCCAAUCUGGAAGCUGUUAAGCAUGGCCAAUUGAUUCACUCUUUAGCAAACAAGAUGCCCGAGUUGUCUAACGUGUUUGUAGGUAGUGCUCUCAUACAAAUGUAUGCCAAAUGUGGAUAUUUAUCAGAUGCAAUCCAAGUUUUUGACAGUAUGGAAGAUAGGAAUUCGGUGUCUUGGAAGUCCAUGAUUAUGGGUUAUGCACGGAAUGGGAACUGUGGAGAGGCUUUGAAGCUCAUUUACCAGAUGCAAGCAGAAGGUUUUGAGGUAGAUGAUUAUGUACUUUCAAAAGUCAUUACAUCAGGUGGAGAUCUUAACCGAGAAACGAAGCCUUCGUCUAACUACUACUUGCAGUCUAGCUAAUCAUCGACCUGAGCAGAGUUAGCAAAGCCCUUUAUGGCGAUAAAAGUUUAUACAGCGCGACUUUAGGUUGGAUUCCUGGUGGUGAAAGUAAGAGAAGGAGAAGUUGAAGUCAAGUGCUCUUUAUUUGGAAGGGUCUUUGGGAAUACUGAACUUCAUAUGAUUACAUUCAGUGUGAUAGACGUGAAGAUGAUGCGACCAAGUUCUCAGACUUCUCCCAAAGAGAACGACGAGAGAAAGAGAGAGAGCGGAAAAAGAAGAAGGGUUUCGUUGCAUUUGUCUGGUGAAUGCACAUUGUUAUUAGCAAUCAUCACAAAACCGUACAUAAUCUAAUGCACCAGACAUAGGUGCUGCUGAGGAUGAAUGUGUAACAUACCUUCUUUUUUUUAUAAGUAUGUGUAAUCAUACCUAAAUAGCAUAAUUAAAGGUAGGGGUGUCAAUUGUCGGUUUUUUACAAUAUUUUC